AUAAAAAAGCAGAACUCUCAUCUUCUUCUUCAGAAAGAGAUAAGGUUAGCAAUGGCGGAAGCUUCUAAAAUAUUCCAAACCACACUCAUCCCAUCUCCUCUCCGCCUCAAACCACCGCCGUGCUUUAUCUUCCACCACCACCCACCAAAUUCAGUACACAAAAAACACCAAACUACAGCAAUUCGCUGCUCAUCAUCAUCGGCACCGUCAGUUUCGACGGCGACAGCAAUUGUGCCCCAGAUGGUGCCUUGGGGUUGUGACGUAGAUUCUUUAGAGAAUGCGGCGGCGCUGGAAAAAUGGCUGUAUGGUAAUGGUUUGCCUGAUCAGAAAAUGGGUAUUGAUAAAGUUGAAGUAGGGGAACGAGGUUUGGUUGCUUUGAAGAAUAUUAGGAAUGGUGAGAAGUUGCUGUUUGUUCCUCCUUCUCUUGUUAUCACUGCUGACUCGGAAUGGACCUGUCCAGAGGCUGGUGAAGUGUUAAAACAGUAUUCCGUUCCUGAUUGGCCUUAUCUUGCGACCUACUUGAUUAGUGAGGCAAAUCUUCAGCAGUCUUCUAGAUGGAGCAGUUACAUUUCAGCGCUCCCUCGACAACCUUAUUCUCUUUUGUACUGGACACGUGCAGAACUAGAUAGGUACUUGGAAGCUUCACAGAUCAGAGUGCGUGCAAUUGAAAGGAUUACCAAUGUUAUCGGAACAUACAACGAUUUAAGGCUUAGGAUCUUUUCAAAGCAUCCUGACUUGUUUCCUGAAGAGGUAUUCAACCUGGAGACUUUCAAGUGGUCAUUUGGCAUUCUUUUUUCCCGCUUGGUUCGUUUACCUUCAAUGGAUGGAAAAGUUGCCUUGGUUCCUUGGGCAGAUAUGCUAAACCAUAGUUGUGAGGUUGAGACCUUUUUGGAUUAUGAUAAAUCAUCUCAAGGUGUUUACUUCACAACAGAUCGACAAUACCAGCUACGCGAGCAGGUGUUCAUAUCAUACGGAAGAAAAUCUAAUGGAGAGCUGUUGCUAUCAUAUGGAUUUGUUCCAAGGGAAGGCACUAAUCCUAGUGAUUCAGUAGAAUUGUCAUUGUCUCUGAAGAAGUCUGACAAAUGCUACAAGGAGAAGUUAGCAGCUCUUAAGAAGCACGGUUUGUCAGCAUCUCAAUGUUUCCCUGUUCGAGUCACUGGUUGGCCGGUGGAGUUAAUAGCAUUCGCUUAUUUAGCAGUAAGCCCUCCAAGUAUGAGUACGCAAUUCGAUGAGCUGGCUGCAGCAGCAUCAAAUAAGACGAACAGCAAAAAGGAUGUCAAAUUCCCAGAAAUGGAGGAAAAGGCGUUGCAAUUUGUAUUGGAUAGUUGUGAAAUAAGCAUAUCAAAAUACACCAAAUUUUUGCAGGAAAGCGGAUCAAUGGAUUUAGAUGUAACAUCCCCGAAACAACUUAACCGAAGAUUGUUUCUAAAACAGCUAGCAGUAGACUUGUGUAACAGCGAGCGGAGGAUACUGUUUCGUGCUCAAAAUGUAUUGCGGACAAGAUUGAGGGAUAUAAGGAAGGGUGAAUUGAAAGCUCUGAAUCUUUUUGAAGGGUUUAGAAACCUUUUCAAAUGAUAUAUUCAAGUGUUACUUCAUAGUUCAUAUUUAAGCCAACCAGAGAGGGUUAGGCUCCAAUUUCUGUUAUUGCAGACAACAUUGUAAUAAUUUGAAUUGGAUAUUUGGUCACUUACCCUUGUUUUGUUCAAUUUCUAAAAUUCAUUUGGGUUA